AAGUUAAUAGUCUGACGAAUGUCACACCUCCAACCAACCUUCAUUGGCUGCUCAAUGGCGUCUGUCCAACCGUCCUUCACUGGUUACUCAUCUACUGGAGAGUUUAGAGCACAACCGAAUUUAAAGUUACGUUCCUUAAACAGAACCAAAAUGAUUCUAAGAGACUAGGAAAUAAUCAGCUGCAGGGCUAGUGGUGGUCACACGGGGUGAUGCAUCUGGCGCAGGGGAAAUAGGACUGGGAGUUUCUACCUGUCUCUACCUGUUGGCUUGAUCCUCAUCUGCUGUUAUUAUCCCAUCACAGGAAAGGGAAGAAUAAAGAGUUAAUGCAACUGAAGGUGGGUUUGAGCCAACUCUACGUCAGAAGACUCUGGAUUUAAAUUUUUGCUGCUCUGUUUCCCUGUUGCAUAAUUUGGAACAGCACUGGGUGUGGGAGCUACUCAACUGAGGCAGCACCAAGGGUGAGUCCUUCCCAGAGCACAAAGGCUGAUAUAGAUCUGAUUUCUGUACCAUGGAAGCCACAGUUAGCCAUCGUAUGCUGCUUGUAUCUGUGGCUAGUGUUGGUGCUGCCAUAGGACUUGCCUGGCUGGUUUUGUUUCAAAGAAAAAAGAAGAGAAAGCUCAGAAAAGUGGGAGAAGUGACACAGCUCGUUGUGUAUCCAAUUAAGUCUUGCAAAGGGGUUCCUUUACCGGAAGCAGAAUGCUCUGUGCAUGGACUGAGGAACGGCCCUCUCAGAGACAGGCACUGGGCUGUUUCAAAUGAGGAGAAAACCGUAGUGUCGGCUCGUCAUGAGCCAAGGUUGGUCCUCAUCAAUUCAUCAUGUGAUAACGACUCCUUAACUCUGAGUGUCCCUGAAAUGGAGGAUCUCAAGGUUCCUCUGAAACAUCCCUCAACCAAUGAAGUCAUCACUUCCAGGGUUUUGGGGCACCUGGUGCAGGGGCGAGACUGCGGAGAUGAAGCGUCUCAGUGGAUCACUAGUGCCCUGAGGAGCAAACAUGGGUAUCGCCUGCUCCAGUUUGAGGACAGAAUGAAACACAGAAACCCAAAAGAUGAAUACGUUCUAUACACAGAGAACGAUAAAGUGGCGUAUCCAGAACUGAGCCCCCUUCAUGUGCUUUCUGAAACCUCAGUUGAGGAUCUGAACUCCAGACUGGAGGAAAAGGUGACAUUUCGCAAUUUCCGACCCAACAUUUUGAUUUCAGGAUGCGGUGCCUAUGAAGAGGACUCCUGGGAAGAGAUUCAAAUUGGCAGAGAUGUGACCCUGAAGAGAGUGAUGCCAAGUAUCAGGUGUCUCUUGACCACUGUUGAUCCAGACACAGGGACCCCUCAUGCAAAGCAUGAACCCCUCAAGACAUUACGCAGCUAUCGCCUGUGCCAGACAGAACUGAAGAAGCUGUUCAAGUCCAGCCCCCUGUUUGGGCAGUACUUCCGAGUACUAAAGAAAGGAGAUGUUAAGGUCGGUGACCCAGUGUUCCAAGUCGUAUACUGACCCGGUGCCUGGAAUAAAAUGUCACUGAUCUAGAACUGAACAGUCACAGGUCCAUCAUGGAAGUCAAAGCUGCAGAACUCCUGCUGAUCCAACUGUAACUGGUUCUUUGAUGUUCUUAAUCUACAUGACCGAUUUAAAUAAAUCAUUGUGUCUGAA